AUGGAGGGAUUAACCAAGAAUGAAACCAUAGACUUGAGACGGAUGCAUAUUGGGAAAUCAUGUGCAUUAUUUUUUGCCCAUGACCCUAUAAAAAUAGUACGAGCUAAAGGCCAAUAUAUGUAUGAUGAAGAAGAUAAUGAAUAUUUAGAUUGUAUAAAUAAUGUUUGUCACGUUGGACAUUGUCAUCCCCAUGUUGUUGAAGCUGGAUCAAAACAGAUGCAGAUUUUAAAUACUAACUCAAGAUUUCUUCAUGAUAAUAUUGUUAAACUCGCCAAACGAUUAACUGAAACUCUGCCUUCUGAAUUAUCAGUAGUAUAUUUCACUAACUCAGGAUCUGAAGCUAAUGACCUUGCCUUAAGACUUGCUAAACAUCAUACGAAACAAUCUGAUAUGAUAGUUUUAGAAGGAGCAUACCAUGGUCAUGUGAUAUCUUUAAUAGAUUUAAGUACAUAUAAACUUGAUGAUAUGAAAGAUGGUGUUCAUAAUAAACCUAAAUCUGUUCAUAUGGUUGCCUGUCCUGAUAUCUACCGUGGUAAAUAUAGAGAUGAUGAACAUCCAAAAGAAGAUCUAGCUAAGUUAUAUGCUGAUGAUGUUAAGGAACUGAUAGAUGUGAUACACAAUCAUGGUGAUACAGUUAGUGGUUUUAUAGCUGAAUCCAUGCAGAGUUGUGGUGGACAAAUCAUAUAUCCUGAUGGAUAUUUACAAAAAGUUUUCAAACAUGUUCAUGAUGCUGGUGGAGUUACUAUUAUGGAUGAGGUUCAAGUUGGUUUUGGAAGAGUUGGAAAUCAUAUGUGGUCUUUUCAAGAUCAAGGUGUGAUACCAGAUAUUGUGACCAUGGGUAAACCAAUGGGUAAUGGUCAUCCUAUUGCUGCUGUGGUCACAACUAAAGAGAUCUCUGCUAGUUUUGCUUCUUGUGGUGCUGAAUAUUUCAAUACUUAUGGUGGAAACCCAGUGUCUUGUGCUAUAGGUCUAGCAGUAUUAGAUGUUAUUGAGCUUGAAAAACUAAAAGAAAAUGCUUUAAAAGUAGGAAACUAUGUGUUGGUAAAAUUUCGACAAUUGAUGGAUAAACAUCAGAUAAUAGGUGAUGUCAGAGGUAAAGGAUUAUUUGUGGGACUGGAUCUAGUAAAAGAUAGAAAAACACGAGAACCAGCAUCUGAAGAAGCCAAGUAUGUUAUAGCAAGAUUAAAAGAAGAACAUAUAUUAUACAGUAGAGAUGGUCCACACAGAAAUGUUUUAAAAAUGAAACCACCAAUGUGCUUCACAGAACAGAAUGUAGAUCAUUUAUGUGAGAAAUUAGAUAUGAUAUUUAAAGAAAUUAAAAGUGGACAGGUUAAACUAGAUGCCAACAACAGUAGUAGUGCUAUUGAAGAACCUCCAUUGAAAAAACUGUGUACUGGAAUAGGUAUUGAUACUUCUGUUUUAAAUGGUACCAAACAGUCUUAAAGAAUACCAAAAUUUAUUUUAUAUUUGUUUCCACAGAAGCAUUAAAUUAUGCUAAAACACAAUUUAAUGUCACAAAAUGAAUAACUUGUGUGAUUAGAGUAGUAACCAUGGUGAUCUAUUUGCUGCUAUAAAAGUAGCUGUUUUUAUUGUCAGGAAUGAAAGUCAUAAGCUGUUUGUUUUGUUACAGUAAUUAUAAUUGGAUAUGGGAUAUAUCAAGACCUAUAAUUAAUUAUUAUCGUUAUGGAUUGAUUUUACUGAUCAAUUGAGUUUUAAUUAUUUACAAGUUUGCAUUAAUGAAUUAUUAUAUUUGACAUAAAUUUUUGAAGUUUG